UAAAUAGAAGAGUCCUCACUCCAGCCGCCGUAGACGGAACAACAACAACGACGACACCGCCGGCCUCGGUACAUCCGGACUAUUAACGGAUAGCUAGUCCCUCCCUCAUUACCGACCACAACACGGACUGUACGAGACCUACCGACCGGAAGUACGGAAACAAAGACUCCUGGGUCUGGGUCCGAUGGAGUACAGGGUGGAGGCGCACCGGGUCAUGAGCCUCUCGCUCGGGAAGAUCUACACCUCGCGCGUGCAGCGCGGCGGCGUCAAGCUGCACCGGAACUUGCUCGUGUCCCUCGUGCUGCGCUCCGCGCGCCACGUCUACCUCAGCGAAUACUACGAGUGGGCGCGCGCGGAGGCGGCGGGGGGAUACGGGGACCCGGAUCAGGGAGACCACCACCCGGACCCAGCUCCACCGGAGACCCCGCAGACCAGAGCAGCCGGGGGGGAGGAGGACAGCCCCAGCGAGGACCUCGAGGCGACGCGCGCUUUGCUCGCGCUGGACGGGUUCUCUCUCGCGCAGGAGACGGAUGUGAAAGAGGCCUGCAGCCCCCCCGCGCGAAAGAGGCGGAGCGCCGAGGCCUCGGACGGACCCGCGAAGAGGACCCGCCGUGCCUCCGCGACCUGCCCGCCGGGGGAGGAGAGCCAGGGGACCGGACCGAUCUCUGAGGGCCCCGGGACCGAGGGGACGGUCACCGGGAUGAUCUCCGAGAGCCCCGGGACCGAAGGGACGGUCACCGAGAUGAUCUCCGAGAGCCCCGGGACCGAGGGGACGGUCACCGGGCUGAUCUCCGUGUUCGGCUCGAGCUUCUCCGGUCUGCUGAGUAAGGACGCGGCGGCUCGAGACGAGGCGGGAGAGGAGAAGGUGCGCCGUGAGCCGCGGCUGCGCAGCAUGGCGCCGCCCUGGUCUCCCGCCAUAGCGGCCUUCUAGACCCUCGUCCCGCUCGAGGGGGGUUUGGUUCGAGUCUCGCAGGGACCGGCGGGUCUACAGGACAGACCGGAACAGGUCCGAGGAACACGGAAGUGUUCGGACCACGUGGCCGCCGAGAGCCGCUGUUAGGCGGCAGGUGGUCCCGGGAGGAGCCCCCGGUACCGGAGCUGGGUUCCGGUGGUCCCGGGGGGUCGUCCGUCGCACCGGGACGGAAUGCCGUGUGGUCGUCCGGUGACGUCAUUUGUUGACGUGGAUGACCGCUCUUUGUUUGGGUUCAGACCGCUUGUGAUGUUUUCGUGUAUAUAUGACUUCCGACGUGACGCGCUUUGGUGCUAAGCACGUGAUGUAAACAAUAACAAUAAAGUAUUUAUUCUACUCUA